AUGGCAUGUUUACUGUUCCGUUUCGUCGCUCUAUUUAUCUAUAUUGUUUUCUGCAAAUUAUCUAUCUAUCCCAGUUAUUUAUUAUCUAUCUAUCUAUCUAAUAUAUCUAUCUAUAUAUAUCUAAGUCUUUUUCAUUUUUUUUUUCUUUUUCUUUAUUUCUUUGUCAUUUUCUUUUCUUUCUUUAAAAUUCUUUCUUUUUUUUUUUUCUUUUUUAUUUUUCCUUUUCUUUUUUUUUUUUCUUUUCCUUUUCUUUUUCUUUUUUCUUUCUUUCUUUCUUUCUUUCUUUGUCUUCUCUUCUCUUUAAAAUUGUCUUCAUUCUUCUUUCAAAUCUCUUUCUUUUUUGUCCUUAAUUUUUUCUUCUCCUUUCAUUUCUUUCCUUCUUUCUCCCUUUCUUUUUUUUUCUUUCUUUCUUUACCCUUUUUUUUUUCUUUCUUUUUAAAUUUUUCUUUCUUCUUUCUUUUUUUGUCUGUCCAUUCGCUUUUUUGUCCCCAAUUUUCUUUCUUCUCCUUUCAAUUUUUUUCAUUCUUUUUCUCUUUCUUUCUUCCUCUCUUUCUUUCCGUCAUUCGUUCUUUCUUUCUUUCUUUCUUUCUCUCCCUCUUUCUUUCUUUCUUUCUCUCUCUUCUCUUUCAUCUUGUCUUUCCAUUCGCUCUUUUGCCGUCAAUUUUCUUUCUUCUCCUUUCAGUUUGUUCAUUCUUUGUCUCUUUCUUUCUUCCGUUAUUUCUUUCUUCCUCUCUUUCUUUCUUUCUUUCUUUUUUCUUUCUUUUUCUCUUUUAUCUUCUCUUCUUUCUUCUUUCCAUUCUCUUUCUUUUUUAG